CCGCUCCGCAGCGCCGUUUCCGGCACCGCGGGCAGGUGAGGCGGCGGCGGGCGGAGCGGAGCGGCCGCGAUGAGGCUGCUGCUGCUGGCGUGCCUGCGGGCACAGACCGGCAACGCCACCACGGCCGCCAGGAUCCGGAAUCAUCUACAUGCUGCAGGUCACAUCUGUGUUCUUAAAGAUGCUUUCAUGUAUGAAAGCCCAGCUGAAAUAGCACACCUGACCUCCUCAGACAAGUUUGAUGCAGCCCUGGCCAUUCACCUCUAUAAAGGAGGCAGACUGCUGCAAGGGAGCAGAAUUCCCUUUGGGAUCAUCUUUGGCGGGACAGAUGUCAAUGAAGACAUCAAAUGCAAAGAGAAACGCCAGGUCAUGGGAGCAGUGCUGGAGAGAGCCAGGUUUGCAGUGGCUUUCACGGUGGAAAUGAAGGAGCUGGCAGCAGCAGAGUGGCCAGAUGCUAGGAAGAAGAUUUAUGUCCAAAGUCAAGGAAUUAAGACUACACCCAGUGAAACAUUUGACUGGUACACAUUUCUACAAAAUGCAGCCAUUCCUGCAGGCUCAGGCCCUGUCCAUCUGUUCCUGCUGGUCUGUGGGCUCCGCAGAGUCAAGGACCCCCUGUAUUUGGUGGAAGCUUUCUCAGAGUGGCACAGAAAGGAUCCCAGUGUCCAUCUGGGCAUCAUUGGACCUGCAGUCGAUCCCCUUUUCAGCAGUGAAGUGAAGGAGAGAGUUAAAAGGGCCCCCGGGGUGCAUGUGCUGCAGGAGCUGCCCCAGCAGGAGCUGCACGCUGCCCUCCGCCGCUGCCUGGCCCUGGUGAACAGCUCCAGCUCCGAGGGCAUGUCUGCUGCCAUCCUGGAGGCAAUGGAUUUAGAGGUUCCAGUGCUGGCGAGGAACAUUCCUGGGAAUGCAGCAAUAAUAAAGCACAGGGAGACAGGGCUGCUCUUUUCAACUCCCCAGGAGUUUGUUGUGCUGUCCAAGAGUCUGAUGAAUGACCCCGUUCUGGAGAAGGAAAUAGUGACCAGGGCCAAAGAGUACGUGGAGCAGCAUCAUUCCUGGGAAGGGGAAAGGAAAACCUACCAGAGCCUUGUGCAGAGACUGCAGUGACCUGCAGAGCCCUUCAGGGAUGGCAGUGGGACUGGGCUGGGCUUCCUUCUGGAAAAACAGCAGGCACUGCUCCUGUGUGUGAGCAGCCACCCCUGGGCAGUGCCAGGGCACUCCUGGCACUCACAGGGAGCUCCCAGGAAAUGUCCUGCACCCCCUGCACACAGCUCCCCUGGCACUGCACAGCACACACCUGCUGGGGCCAGGCUGCAGGAGCAGAGGGUGAGUUGUGGACAGCUCAGCCUCCUCCAGGCAGCCCUGAGGCAGCCCAGGCAUCUCAGCCAGCUGGGCAGAGCUGUGCUGGGCACAGGGAGGGGCACAGGGAGCUCUCUGCAGAGCAGCCCAGCUCUCCUGAGCCUGCAUGCUGCCCCUGGCACCAGGGCAGGAGAUGGCCCAGGUGCCAGAGCUGUGCCAGAGCUGCUCUGGCACAGAAACUACCUCUUGUUUUGCCAGCUCCUUGGGUACCUCUGGGAUUUACUUAUUGAAAGAUUUAUGAGACCUGUAAAAAGGGGUGGGGGUGGAGGCAUUUUCAGUUUUCUGUGUGUGUUGGUACUGUUUGUUCUCAUUUGUGGCUUUUCAGGAUGUAUUUCAGUGCAAGGCAGCAGCCCUGUCUGGAAGUGAGCCUGAUCCCUGGCAGCCCAGGGAUUAUGGACAUAUCUUUGAGUCUGGAACUGGUCAUCCAAGGACUUGCAUCUAGAGAAAAAAAACAAAGCCAGAGGGGCAUAUUUGUAAUUACUUGUUCUUAGGAACCUGUUUGCUUUGUGUGGUCUCGAGCCUGCCCCAAGGAGAGCCUGUGAAAUGUUUUCUGUUGCUCCAGUGGCUCUUGUGUCAGACUUUCCUUUGUAAUAAUGAAGUUGACAGUGUAUUUGAAGCUUUCCUCUCUCUUUCUGAAGUUUUGCAAGGUUCUGGUACAGUAAACAAGAAAGCAGUUUGAA